UGGGGCCGGCUGGCGUCCGCGGGCCGGGUGGUGCGAGGCGAGGGCGGCAGGGGGCCAGGCCGUGCGGAAGACAGGAUCCCGACGCCCUGAGAUCGGGAGUUCCCGAGUCCAAAUCUGGUUCCUAAGAAACAUCAAAGGAAGCCUGCACUGGAGGCCCCCGGGUCUCCUCGGAAGCCGGACUGCAUCCACUGUGUGAGACGGGAUGGCACCCCCCACCAGUGUGCCCUCGUCAUUGCUGCUGCUGACGGCUGUUGCAGGUUGUGCCUGUGGCCCGUGCCGCGAGGGGAGGACGUUCGCCAAUGCCAUCAUUUCGCCGGACCUGGCAACCACCAGGAUCGCGCGGGGGCCUCCGGGCACCCCCGCGGUGGACUGCACGGCCGCGUGCUGUGAGCUGGCCGGCUGCGACCUGGCCUGGUGGUUCGAGGGCCGCUGCUACCUGGUGAGCUGCCCGCGCUCCGAGAGCUGUGAGCCCAAGACCGUGGGCUCCCUCGGGUCCUUCCUCACCUUUGUGCGCAGGCCGGCGCGGCUGCUGGACCGCGGGGCCAUGCUGCUCAACAGGGGUGCGCCCUCGGGACUCUGGGGCGACGCGCCGGAGGAGAUCAGGAAGGACUUGCCCUUCCUAGGCCAAGAGCGGGGCCCAGAGGAGACGCCGGAGUACUCGGACGACUACGGGGAACCCGAGCAAGCGCCCGUGCGGCCCCUCGGCAAGCCGGGGCCCAGAGGGAGCGCCGAGCACACGGCCUGGGGCCCGCGCCGGGGCGGCCAGGCCGGCGGCAGCCUUCCAGGGGCCGCCGAGAAGCAGGACCACCCUGCGCUGCAUCCGCUGAACGCGCCCCCAUGGGCCGCGGCCCCACAGCAGUCUCCGGGGAGCGGCUCGUUGCCAUCCUCGGUGACAGUUCCACCUUGGGGAGAGGCCUUGGGAAAGGAGGCCUUUCAGCGCCAGGAGCGACCCAGCGCCGGCUCUGGAAGAGAGGGAGCCCAGGGUGUAAAGAACAGGGCUUCCACCCUCGAGCCAGUCAUCUCAUGA